CACGGCAGAAAGGGGUAUAAGGGUGGUGCGCCACGGGUGAGGCACCCACCAGGAGGAAUGGCACUACUCCUGCUGAGUCUAGGACUGAGCCUGGUCUCUGCCCAGGAGCUCAACCCCCGAGCCAUUGUGCGGAAGAGCUAUGACAUGGCCAAGGUUUCGGGGGUCUGGUAUUCAGUGUCCAUGGCGUCCGAUGACAUGAAGCGGAUCGAGGAAAAUGGGGACCUGAGGGUCUUCAUACGGAAUAUUGAAAGCUUGAAAGACGGCGGACUGAGGUUCCAUUUCCUGUUCAUGUGCGUGCCGCCCGUCUCAGCCAGGACUGGGGAGGAUGGGUGUCCCUCCCUCCCCCACCCUGUAGAGCGGGAGGGCAGGGCUGCACCCUGGGGUCGGGCUUGGGGUGCGGGUCGGCUGCCCGACAUCACCCCCGCCGGUUUCAGGGUGCACGGGGAGUGCGUGCAGGUGGCCAUGGUCUGCGAGAGAACAGAGAGGGACGGCGAGUACGCGGUCAGUUAUGAAGGCGACAAUAAGGUGUUCCUGUUGGAGACUGAUUAUAAACUGUACAUCACCUUCCAUCUCCGGAACAUCAGAAACGGGACAGACACCAACGUGCUGGCACUCUAUGGACGGGUGCCGAACCUGAGUCCCAGCUUCCUGAACAGAUUUGAAAAAGUCUGCAGAAAGUACGGACUGGGUCCACAGAACAUCAUCAGCCUGAGCAACCAAAAUACCUGUUUCAAAUACAAGAAGUAGAGGAACCCGCCCAGGCCUUUUGGACCCUGAGAUCAUGAC